AUGUCUCAGGAAAUGUUUGCCAAUGAGAUCCCGGUACCAGUGGCCGUCAGCGGGAGAAUGUGGCACCCAUUGGAGACAGGGCUGAUUGGUAUGCCAGAGGUGCCCCAGGUCAUCAUUCGAGGGCCCUAUGAUAUGGGCGGCUGUGGCGAUUUGGAGGUCAUCGCAGACACGAGCUCCCUGAGUGGAGGACGGCGCUGGAAGAGCGUUGUUUGGGAGUGUUUGGAGACAAGGCCUGAUGGUACGUUGCCUCAAGAAAGCCAGGAUCGUUUGUACUCUGCUUGUCAGACACGGAUUACUCCCUUGAUGGCGCAAAAGCCAUGGUGUGGACUAGACUUCAAACCAAAAGGUGUGGCACAGACGUGUGAACUUCGAGUUGUCAUUCCUUCUUCCACCUGGUGCGGGUUGUCACAACUGACUGUUGGUGUGACACUCACAAGGGCUGAUGGCUACAAAGCCUAUGGUAGGUGGACCACGCGCAUUUUGCCACUGACGCGCAUUCCUGCGGCUGGUGCUGUAGGCCCUACAGAGGUGACCGUCUCUCCACAGCGCUUACAGGGCCACCCAGUGAACAGGCUACGUUUGGAGGUGUCGAGUGAGAGCGAUGCUCAAAUGAUCGGCCGCUGCUCGUGCAAUCUCACUCGGGCACCCAACCCAGAUGGCUCAGAGAGCCGUGUGGUGGUUGAUUGGUACUAUGGCGAGGUGAAGAACGGGAUGGAGCCCCGGCUCUUCGAAAUGACAAAGAUUUUGUCUGACGAGAGUGCAAGUGCCAACGUUUUGGAGAUCCAAUUGCGUGGAGAGCUGAUGAAGCCGAACAGCCAGUGGCUUUUCUAUGCCCGUGUAGCAUAUGCGAUCCACGGAGCUGAAGAGGGCUCUUACGUGCCAUUCCACAUCUCCGUGGGUCCUUUAGAAGCGCCAAUGGUAAAAGUCAACGGCCCAUAUCGUGCAAACAACGAGCAGUGCUCCUUCGUUUUGGAUGCCUCUGGUAGUCGUGCACGUGAAAUCAUGUAUUCCUUGGACACGUUGGGUCGACGACUCACAGAGGGCGAGGCACGAAUGCUGCAAAACUCUAGCUUGCCAGAUAUCAAUUCCGGGCUGCAGUAUAUGUGGCGCGUGAGACAGCUGGCAGCUGGAAGUGAUGACCAGCAGGACCUCAUUGUGCCGAGUGCUAUGGUCGAAAUCGCCGAAAUUGAGAACUCGCGCAGUUCGCAGCUAUUAGUCAAACAGGCAUUGCUGAAAGAAGGUCUUUACGUCUUCACAGCGGAGGUGUAUGAUGCGCUGUACCCAAGUUUGGUGGCAGCAGUCAACACCACUGUGCUUGUGGACAAGAAGGAGAACCUGCCUGUGAUUAUGGCGGAAGGCCCAUCGGCAAAGAUUGGCCCGUCAGAUCCUGUGGAAGCGACCUUCAUUCAAACAUGCAUUGUGCAAACUACAAAGUCUGACAUCGAGAGAACGCAUGUGGUAUUGUUGAUGCGCGGCAUCAUGGGCCAACCCCGCAGCUAUAUGCGGGCAUACAAAGAGCUCACGUGGACCUACAAGAUCAGGGACAUUGCCGGAGGUGUUAGCAAUUCGCUCUGGAUAUACACCUCAGCGGAUCGAGCUGACCUGCAAGCGGGCUUUGUUUAUUCCUACAGGCUUUUGACAUCCUCCUUGCCGAAAGAAUCGUUCAAGCUAAGUGAGUACAAGGAUGAGCUUUUGAAAGCAGGCCACAGUUCAGAGGGGCCAUUGAGAGACUUGGGUGUGCAGCCAACCACAGAUGUGGAAUCCAUUGCAGUCCUGCAAGUCGACACCGAACCCUUUGGCAUGCAUUGGGGGCCAUUUGCUGGCACUUUGGAUGUGCUGGAUCCUGUUGGGCGUAUCGGCAUCGCGAUGUCUGAUGUGUUCCGACUUCAGCAAGCUUGGGCAACAGAUAUGCCACCGCUGGAGUACACAUUCUACUAUGGCGAGGUGCCAGAGGAGAAGCGAUCAGACUUCAUGGCAGAGCUUGGCAACUUUGAGACCGACAUUUUGACGGACCACAGGUUGUCUGCCCUGGUGCCGGAGAAUGCUAUGGUGCCACUGUCUGAUUGGUCGCAAUCACCAACUCUAGCGCUGCCACUUAAGGAAGGCAUGUACGUCUUCGAAGGUCGCGCGAGAGACGCUACCGGACUCGAGGCUAAGAAGUACAUGGUCGCGUGGUCUCAUCCAGCCUAUGUGGAAAGAGUAAUCACAAGCUACGACCGAGUCACGCACCUGGAGGCCUAUAUGCGCCGAUCAAGACAGGCGAUCCUUCAGGUCCGAGCUUUCAACCGUGGCUCGGUGUCAGUUGUGCCGGUUUGCGCAGCAGUUUUUGCUCUACCAGACAUGUACGAUUACGAUUUCAGGUCCAUGGUAGAAUGGAAUCCAGCCAGUGGAUUGCCAAUGCCUAAUUUGUCCCAGCCAAUCUAUGGAGCACCGAUUGUCUCGCGAGAGACACGAAGUGAGGUCAUCGCGUACCUUCGAGACAUUAUGGGGGUGUUGUACGAUAUCAUUUACGCGUUGGAGCCUGAUUCACUGGGGGCUGACACUCGCAGGCUUCAGGAGCAGUAUUGGAAGGACACCACCUCAAACCUGUCUACACCGCUUCACAUGGAGGUAGUUGCGGGUGCACUGGCACACUUGUCAGCGAAUCUCGCGCCCAUCGGUGAUCCAGAGCUUUUCGUGUUCCUCGGGACUUUGACUUCAGGGCUUGUGGAGCGCGUGCGUGGGGCACGAGGAGACAUCAGGAAAGCUGGCAACGCUCCACAAGACUUGGUCAAGACCCUGUCCUACUUGCUCGCCAGCACUAGGCCGAUCGACAAGCCACGGGAAGGGGUCUUGAGUCUGAACAUCUCAGAGAAUGUGCAGGCCCGGCUCAGUUCUGAGAUCAUUCGCACAGCUGUGGCUCUUGGAGAUGUUAUGGCAGCGAUUGCAGAUCCUGGUGGCCCACCCACUGCAAUUAAACAAGCGAUGCCGAAAGGAGAGUUCAUGAAUGUAGUAGAUGGAGAUCUUGUGGUCACCAUCAUCAAGAAGAAACUAAUUGACAUCAUAGAGGACGGUGUUCAAACACAACCGGACUACCAGAGCAUGCUGCGUUGGAUCUACCCCCAAAUCAACAUUGCAGGUUUGGGACCACCUGGAGCUGAUGGCAUAGCGUGGGCAGGGGAUGCAGAUAUUCUCUUCAACGAGGCUGCCAAGCAGUGCCAAGAGGCACAAGAGGACUUCUUGCAAACGAUCACUAUGACGACCAUCUCGUGGCCGAUCAGCCCGUUCCUCUACGCCACCGGCUCCUUGAUCGGAAUGAAUGCCAAUGUCACAGUGCCGUACACUGUCCAAAUGCGCUCCUGUGGUCAACCUGUCGUUCUUCAGGGUGCCUCCGGCAAGAUUCAGCUCACCUUCCGCCUCUCCCCGGAUGUAGUGCGUGACCGCCGCUGGGGGUAUGGUGACAAGACUCCGUACCGAGUGGCUUGGUGGGAAGACAGAGAGGAUAUCACCGCGCAGGGAGAGCGCAUGCGAAGAUGGACUAUCCAUGGGUGCAAAACUUCCUGGAGUCGAACACAGGAGGACAUUGUAACAGCACAGUGCGAUCGGCUUCCUAGUAGCCAAGGCUCUGUCAUGGCGGUCGAGCUUGUGCCUCGCCCGGUCAACAUAGUCCAGGCCGCUCCUGCGCGGAACAGGAACGUGCACAAUAUCAUCUCCUACACGCUGUUUUGCUUUAUGAUCCGUUGGACCAUUUUGUUGGUCUGGGCCUAUAAAGCUGAUGUGACGUUCUGGCCAUCCGAAAAGCAGCUAAUGAAGCUCCUCUACUUGCCGUGGGAGCGGAAGUGGCGUGAACGUCUGCGUCGUGGACGAUUACCUCCAGCGGAGCCGAUCACAUGGAAUCCAUUGAUCAAUGACUUUUGGUUUCAGACCAAGAUGCUGUGGAUUGAACGCUUGAUUGCCCUCUUCUGUGCCAUCAAAGCUCUCAGGGGGUCUGAACUCUUCUACUCAGUCGAGGUCAGAGAGCUGAUGAAAAUGCGUUCUGGAGAUCGUGACGUCACCUACGAGAGGUUCGUGGAUUCCAUGAAUGAUAAGGACCAGCGCGAAAAAAUCCAGUACGUGAAGGAGCAACGAAGUCUAGCUGCAGUGGAAGGACGGAAAGCUGCCUGGCAAGACAAGGCAGCCGUUGAAGCAUUCCAGGAUCAGGAGGUGCCAGCCAGCCGUCGCUUACCCUUGCACCAUGAAGGACAGCAUGGUGCUCCAGAGCCUGGUGCUUCUUUAGCGGGUAUACCUGGUGGUGGCAGCAAGGAGGAAGACACCUCAGGGGAAGAUGAACUCCGAGCUGCAGUCAUGGCAUCGCUGGAAGCUGCGAAAAAUAGCCAGGAAGUGAUUCUUCCAGCAGGUUGGGAGAUGCAAACAACGCCUGAAGGGCAUGAAUUCUAUGUCAACCUUCGCGCGAACUUGACCCAAUGGCAGGUGCCAAAGUUGCCACCGCAUUGGGAAGAACGCUUUUCAAGGAAAGGAGAGGUCUUGAACCUCCAAAGAGAGAUCAAGACUUGGAUUCACGUGCACUCCGCACGAUGGCAAUCAAGAGGUCAAUGA